UGCGUCUUCCAUUCAUUGUUCAGGCUGAGCACUAGCUGAAGUGCUAAUCAGGCUAGCCAAGAUCAUAAGUGGUUUUAACUUUUCAUGCGUGCAUAUAAGACUGUUUAGCUUUUCCUCGAACAUUUAAGAGCUCGUCAAAUCAACAAUGAGCAAGAGGAAAGCGCCGCAGGAAUCCCUAAAUGAGGGAAUAACAGACUUUCUUAUCGAGCUGGCCAAUUACGAGAAGAACGUCAACAGGGCAAUUCAUAAGUACAAUGCUUACAGAAAAGCAGCAUCUACCAUCGCCAAGUACCCCAAUAAAAUCAAAAAUGGUGAAGAGGCCAAGAAACUGGAUGGUGUUGGAGCUAAAAUAGCAGAGAAGAUUGAUGAGUUCCUACAAACUGGCAAACUAAGGAAACUGGAAAAGAUUCGAAAUGAUGACACCAGCACUUCCAUCAAUUUACUCACCAGAGUUACUGGGAUUGGCCCUGCUGCUGCAAGGAAGUUUGUUGAAGAAGGCGUGAAGACAUUGGAAGAUCUGAAAAAGAUUGAGCACAAGCUAAACCAUCAUCAACAGAUUGGGCUCAAGUACUUUGAAGAAUUUGAGAAAAGGAUUCCACGAGCUGAAAUGGAAAAGAUGGAGACUCUUAUCCUUGAAGAGUUGAAGGAGAUCGACGGCGAAUAUAUUGGAACAAUCUGUGGAAGCUACAGGAGAGGUGCAGCAUCGAGUGGUGAUAUUGACAUCUUGCUGACCCACCCAGACUACACCUCUGAGACAGAAAAGCAGCCCAAACUCCUCCAUGCAGUGGUCGACCAUUUGCAGUCCAUUGGAUUUGUGACUGACACUCUGUCCAAAGGAGACACCAAGUUCAUGGGAGUCUGCCAGCUUCAACAGAGCGAUGAAGAUGAGGAAGAAUACCUUCACAGGCGUAUUGAUAUCAGACUAAUUCCCAAAGACCAGUACUACUGUGGAGUUCUGUAUUUCACUGGAAGUGAUAUCUUCAACAAAAACAUGAGAACUCAUGCUCUGGAGAAGGGCUUCACCCUUAAUGAGUACACCAUUCGACCACUUGGAGUCACUGGUAUGGCAGGGGAGCCUCUGCUGGUGGAUAGUGAGAGAGACAUCUUUGAAUAUAUCAGCUACAAAUACAGAGAGCCAAAGGACCGUAGCGAGUGAAGCAAAGGGCAGCUUAAGGUUACAUCUGUCAGUUCAGAGAGCUACAUCUUUCCUGAAAACAAGAUCAGACGUUUGUGUGCAAAUCUCUGUGUUAAUGUGUUGCUCUUUCAUAAACAAGUCCCCUUUAUUAUUGAAAAACUGUGAAAGUAAUGUUUUAAUUUGAAAUCGUCCCUGUUGCUGAAAUUUGAGCCAAAACACAUGCUCCGCACAACAAAACUUUAAUUUUGUUUUUACCUUAGGUUUAACUCUCUGUGGUCCAAGCAUGUUGGGCUCUGUUUUUUUAAUAUUUUAUAAACCAAAAAACCUAACCCUGAGAGGAUCAGUCUUCAGGUUAAGUGGCUUUGGUUACAGUUGGUUAUCCAUCAUGAACAAUGAGUAACAUUUUUAUCAGGGAAUCUUGAUAGUUGAUUUUUUUCUUCAGAUAUAAUUCUUACACAGUUUGUGUUUCACUCACUCACCGUGGAAAUUUAAGAAAGUGUUUUUAAACCUAUAAUAUAAAGGGAUAUGUGGUAGGAAUAAUUACUCUUAUUUGGGACAAAAUCAAUAACUUUUAUUGGGAAAAUAUGGAAAUAUACUUUUAUUCGAAUGUUGAUUGAUGUGUGAAUAUUUGACUGUUACACUAGUAGACUUGAUGAAUCCAAUUUGUGUAGUGUGGAAAAGAUUGCAUGUACAUAAGGUCAGGAGUUAUUGUAUCCUCGGUGCUUUUCAGGGAGGCAUUUUAAAAGUUAAUAAAUUAACCAGAUAGCUGAAAUACUGUAUCUGGUAAUACAUAUUUUAAUCUCUAACCCAAAAUUUUAGUAUGAACAUACUAAGUGAGGAAUAGUUUGGCAUUUUGAGAAAAUAUUUAAGGGAAAAAAAAUAUGUGAACCAGUGUAGAUAAGUGGAUGUUCUUGGGCUGUGAACACCCAGCUGUUAACUGUGAGCAUGUAUGAGAAAUAAAUGGGUUUUAAGAAAA